AUGUGGAGGGGCCACGAGAUCCCCCAAGGCCCCACAGCUGCCUAUGAUGUCAUCGAGAAUGGAGCUUUAUUCUAUAAUGAAAAGGAGAAUUCGAUAUUACAUUUUGACACACAUCGACAAGAAGCUGAAACAUCGAAAAUGCAAUAUUAUGUACCGCUUAGCCUUGACUCUUCUCAAUAUUACUGGGCUCGAUUGACCACAGUUACAGAGAAACCUCUCCGAGUUUUUGCCGUCUUGAAAAAUCACACCACGAAGAAUUUCGAAUUUGUUUUAUUGGUGUUGAGAGAUGGACAAGCGAACAUUAUUCAACAGUCAAAAACUCAAUUGAGACCUUUUGGAUAUGAGGUGAAUAUCAAUCGAUUAUCGAAUGAUCAAUUCGUGGCUUCGUUUUUGUCAAGAAAAGAGAAUAAGAAGUUCACGAAAGCGAGAAGAUCUUCGGAUAGGGAACUCUUCAAGCAACAGAACUUCUGGUCAGUGAUGAUGCGGAUUUGUUUCCCUGUACCCGAUCGGAUGGAUGUCUCGUUGAUUCCAUUCAAAAAAGCGAAGUUAUCUUUCAAGGUGCGAGCGCCAAGUCUGGAAAAGCCGCUACCAAUCAAGUUGAAUUUGUUGACAAGAUUCUCGAUGGACGCAGAAAUCCGUGGACCAGUAAUCCUCAAUGAUCGAGCUUACUUCUUAACCAAAUCCUCUCCGCCCACUCUACUCGAAGCUGAAACAACAGAUGAAGAGAAUAUUGGAUAUUUGACAGGAUUACCUGGACUGAAAUUCUUGAGAUUACGUAAAAACGUGGUCUCUUGCAAUGGAAUGGCUACUCAAGGCGAUCCGCCAAGUGCUUGUGAUGAUUCGAUUUGGAGUAAUUUGCAGAUAUUGGACGGGAUUCUUUUCUUGGCUGCACUAAACGAUUAUGGUCAAAUUGCUGCUUUCACGCUAAAUUUGAAACGAUUGGAUUGUCUAGAUUGGCAAGAACAUCCGAUUAUGGAUAGGUUAUCCGAAGAAUACGACCCGAUUCAAGGCAUUCAAAUCCGCGUCCAUCAAAAGAUUUCUCAUGAAAAUGAAGACUCUUUUCAAAUGGGAAUCCGUUUUAGGGCCAAUAGGCUUGGCCUCUCUUCAGAUGACCAAUUCUUUGCUCUUCCCAGGAUAAAACUACAAAACGAU